AUGGAGGAUCCUGUAGCCCCUGUUGAUCCCUUGUUUGCUGAUCCAGCUGAUUUUGAGAUGGAGUUUGUUGAUCCGGAGCCUACUGUAGCCCCUGAGCCAGUAGUUGCUCCUGACCCCGCGUUAGAGCAUGACCCUGAUCUUGCCGAUGCACCUGCUGUUGCUCCUUGGGUUGAUGAUGUACCUGUUGAUGAUCAUCCUGUUGUUGUUCCACAGUUGGUGGAUGAUCAUGUUGCUAUUGAUGCUCAUAUUGAUGCUCCUCACGUUGCUGACAUUCCUGCUGAUCCUGUUGUCGCACCACAUCCUGAUCCCAUGCCAGUGAUGUUCGACCGUGCACCUUUCGCGACCUAUAUUGAUCCCAGAUAUGCGCACACCCGUAAUGGGUGGAUAUACGAUGAUGAUGAUUUCCCACCUUUUGUGGUACCUGUUACACCCCCCGUAGCUCCUGUUGUAGCCCCUGUUUCAGUUCCUAUUGAUGUUCCUUUGCAUCCCGUACUUACCACAGAUGUCCACCGCACCGACUUACCUGUUACAUUUCUUCAGGACAUACCUCCACCACGUCCUGGGGAGGGUUCAUCCCGUCAGCCUUUUGGUCAUAUACCUUUCAUGUUAGGAGGAGACCAGUUUGUACCUCAGGUUUCUCAUCAUAUUGUCGUUCCCACUGUUGCACCGUUUGCUGUUCCAUCCUUCGCUCCAUCUGGAUGCACGUACAAGCAGUUCCUUGACUACAAGCCCGUGAACUUCGACGGCACCGGAGGUGCUGUUGCUUUUGUAAGAUAG